AAUGAAUACAAGUAGAAAAAAAGAAAGACAAUAUAACAGAAUAGUCUGAAAGUGAAAGAAAGAAAAUGUAUCCACCUUGCGCAGGGGGAGCAUCACAGCCCUGCUACAAUGGUUGUUUUCCUUCUUCUUUUCUUGCCUCCAACUCUGACAACUCUCAUAACACUCCCAAUUCUAGCCAUGACUUUGAGGCAGCCACAUCUACGACUCUUCAUCCACACACCCAAUUCACCAACCAUGAGGCUCUCCCUUCUUUGGAAGAGUCCUAUAUUAACUUCACCAGAGCAUACCCUUCAUUUGGCAACACUAGUCAAGUUGAUCGAAUUCGUGACCAAGAAUAUCACCACUUGAAUCCCUCCAAUGUUUGUUUUGACUACACCGGAUAUGGCCUUUUCUCCCACGCUCAGCAGCAAAAGCAAACGGCUUCAGUUGCUUCUUCAUCUUCUUGCCCUCCUCCAUCCUUGCCUGAACCACCCUUCUUUGUUAUCUCCUACAAGCCUGUAACUUUGCAUUCUCAGAUACUCUACGGCGGCCAGGAAUCGGAAUUAGAAUCCAAAAUCAGAGAAAGAAUCAUGGCGUUUAUGAGCAUCUCAGAAGCUGAUUACACCCUUGUUUUCAUUGCCAAUGAGGUUUCUGCCUUCAAACUUGUAGCAGACUCUUUCCAAUUUCAUCCUGAUGGAGAGCUUCUUACAGUGUAUGAUCACAAGAGCGAGGCAGUGGAUGAGAUUAUUGAGACCUGCAAGGAGCAAGGAGUUCAUGUCUCGUCAGCUAAGUUCUUCUGGCCAAGUCUCAGAAUCAUGAGCAGAAAACUGAAGAAAAAGAUAAUGAGUAGAAGAGGGAAGAGAAAAAGAGGUUUAUUUGUUUUCCCACCUCAUUCAAAUGUUACUGGAACACCCUAUUCGUAUAUUUGGAUGUCCUUGGCACAGGAAAAUGGGUGGCAUGUCUUGCUUGAUGCACGUGCAUUGGGAUCUAAGGAGAUGGACACAUUGGGCCUCGCUAUGUUUAAGCCUGAUUUUAUGGUAUGUUCCUUUUACAAAGUCUUUGGUGAAAACCCAUCAGGUUUUGGGUGCUUAUUUAUCAAGAAAUCCACUAUCUCUGCUCUAAAAGAAUCAGACAAUGCUACAAGCAUGGGAAUUGUAGGCCUGUUUCCAGCAUCUAGACAAGAAACUGAACCAAAGGAACAAGAGUUUGUCAUGGAUAAUGAAGAAACUGAAACAAAAUCAGUGUCAGCACAUGGGACUGAAGAAGUGUUUUCAACAGAAAUUGUGGAGUUAAGCUUAAGCGCAUCCCUCGAGUCAGGUAAAUGUAGAGAAAGAUUUGGCACGGUGAGUGGAGGCUUAGAGGUUGAGUGUAGAGGAUUGGACCAUGCUGACUCGGUGGGGCUAAUAGCAAUUAGUAUUAGGGGUAAGUAUCUUAUCAAUUGGCUGGUUAAUGCAUUAAUUAGUCUUCAACAUCCACAUGCUCCAACUGGGCUUUCUCUAAUUAGGAUAUAUGGACCUAAGAUAGAUUCACACCGUGGACCUGCUGUGGCAUUUAAUGUGUUUGAUUGGAAAGGAGAAAAGGUAGAUCCUGCAAUUGUACAAAAACUAGCAGAUAGGAACAAUGUAUCUUUAAGUAGUGCUUUUUUGCAAAACAUAUGGUUCUCGGACAAGAGUGAUGAAGAGGGACAAAGGACUUUGGAAAGCAAAGUGCAUAGGGUGAAAGUGUUGGGCCAACCUAAUAAGACACAGAGCAGUGGUUUUGGGAUAACUGUGGUGACAGCUUCACUUGGUUUUUUGACAAACUUUGAAGAUCUAUACAGGCUAUGGGCUUUUCUUUCCAGGUUCCUAGAUGCAGACUUUGUGGAGAAAGAGAAAUGGAGAUACUUGGCUCUAAAUCACAAAACCAUUUAUAUAUGAGUUGUUACCAUUUUGCUUUCGAUCAUUUUUUUUUCAUUUAUGUUAUACCCAUAUAAUUUCUAUAUUUCCGUACUGUUCAACAAUGUAUCUGUCUACUAAUCUACUGCAUGUCUGCAUCCCUCGGACACUAAUAAGUGAUAA